AUGCAUUUCAUCAACUUUGCCACGUUUUUUGCCUUUCUAAUUGCGGCUUACACCUUUUGCGCAGCGGAAAAUGACCCGUCCUUUUGCAAAAAAACACACAGGGGAAUCCUCAAGUACCAUAAGAAGAAGGACGAACAGGAGUACUUCAUCGUAUCUGCAGUUUUGAAAAAUGACACGCUCGGCUUCUACAGAGGCUCCACCAUUUACGACAUCAUAGACUUAACCGAAGUUGUAACUCCGCUGUCCAUUUUUUCAACCAGCCCUGAGUGCAUGACCGUUAAUAUGGUUAACAAAGAGGCCGUAGUUCUAUGCUGCAACACAGAGGAGUGCAUAAAUAACUGGUGGCUAUUCCUGACGAAGCAAAUACUCUGCCUCAAUACGGGCGAGAUGCGGAACGAGACGGACGAAAAGACGUUGGAGGACGUUCAAUACAACAUCAUAAACAAUGACAACUUCGAUGGAGUUUCCAUUAACAUACAGCAGGACCUCGAGGAUAUCCCCAACGGUUAG